AUGGCUGCAACUAACACCUCCCCGCCCUCGGGCGGAAGGACCAAUGAGCGUCAAGAUUACUGUCUCUCGGAUACGAGUUUAAACGGUCGGCGCCCGCCUCUGCUGGUGGUGGCGAAGCGAACAGCUGUUGACCGCGUCUUCUUUGUAGAAGUACCUCCUUAUUUCCUCCUAUUAAUAAAGACAACUGUAUUUGAACGUGUAAGAUGGGUGCAAGGAUUCCCUAAGCAGAAUAUUGAUUUUAUCAACAACACCACCAUUUGCUACGCUUCUGGGAAUUACUUAAUUUUCGUUAACAUUGAAAAUGAGAAAAGGCAGGUUCUACAGUGUCUGAAUGGAAAAGUGGGUGCUCUGGCAACUAACAUUCCUUUUCAAGUAGUGGCUUUUUCAGAUCGGAACCUUAAACCCAUUAUUUACAUAUACAACUUUCCUGAAUUGUCCAGAAAAGCAAGAUUAAAAGGGCACGCUCAGCUGGAGUAUACUUUACUUGAAUUUAGUUACUGUGGUACAUACCUGGCUAGUUAUUCUGCACUUCCAGAGUAUGAACUGACACUUUGGAACUGGGAAAAAAAAGUUAUUUUGUGUAGCAGAUUACAACCAGGUGUGGAAGUAAGCCAAAUGACUUUUAACCCCAUGAACUGGCACCAAUUGUGCUUGUCUAGUGCAAGUGCUUUAACUAUAUGGAAUAUUGAAAGAAGUGACAAGAAUUAUUAUCCCAAGCCAAAAUCAGUAAACCUACCUGCAGAAGAUGGGACAUAUAUUGAUGAAACAAAAGGAAUGUUCUGUUACACAGAUUUUAAAGAUACUGUUUAUGGACCUGCACUACUAAUUUGUUCCAUUGCUGGGCUAGCUGGUGUAGAAGCAGAAACAUUCAGGCCUAAAGAUGAUUUGCAUCCCUUGGUUCAUCCUGUUGUACACUGUUGGAACGCAACAAAUGAAGUAUAUGUUGGCUGUGAAGAGGGUCACAUUCUAUUGAUAAAUGCAGAAAGUCUACUUGUUACUGUCCUGUUCCCCACUCCUGAAAUCCAUUCUAAAGAUACCAGCGUAAACACCAUGGCAUUUCACAAAGAAGGACUAUUUGUUUCGGGAAAUGAUGGUAUUGUGCAUUCUUUUACUGUCAAAGAAAUACAUUACAGAGUAAAAGACUAUUUUGAUGUGCAAGAGCCUGUAGAAAAUAUUAUAUUCUCUCCUGAUUACACACUAUUACUGGUUGAAACCAUUAAGGGAUCGGUUUACACCUAUACUUUUGGUGAAGAACCAAAAGUUAAAACAAUCUUGGAUGCACGUGGUGGCAAUAUACAGGCAAUUGACUUUAUCACACCUGGAAACAAAUAUGGCAUGUCAGUAACCACUUUAGGAGAAAUCCGCAUUUGGUUGUUAGAGAGUGGAUCUCAUGUCAGCACAUUAAACCUUAGGACUGAGGUAAAUGAUAUGGCUUGCUGCCCCUCCUCGCUUUCAGCUGCUCUGGGAACCAGUGCGGGAUAUAUCCAGUUCCUUGACGUUACUGAUGUUAAAUUACCUCAAGUUGUUCAUAAUGUCUUCCUGACCCAAUCUUCAAUACAGCAUGUGCAUUAUGACCAGAGGGGUCAGUACUUGAUAACUGGAACUUCUGAUGGAUAUAUCUUCAUUUUAAAUGCAAAGCCUUCGAAGUCAUUUAAGGUUCUCGGAUUCACAGAAAUGAAUGGUAACAUUGUACAAAUGUCUACAGUCUACAUUUCUGAAACAAACCUAGUUGAAGUAAUGGUGCUUGUCAAAACUUCACAAAGUGAAAAAAGCAGAUUGGAAAUAUUUUCUCUGUGUGAAGCAACCUUAACAGACCCUGGCAACUGUUGUGAUGAAAGAGGGAGGCUGAAGAAAGACAUCAUUGAGAGGAGGCAAUAUAAAAUAAAUCAUUCUCUAACCUCUGCUAUUCUGGAUUUACAAAAUGAAUAUUUAUAUGGCUACUGUGGUCAUGUGCCGUAUAUCUGUACCUACGAUAUUCCUGAAAAGGAUAGCAAAGUUGUAGUUCUCAAACCAGAAAUCAAAAUGCAAAGCAAACAUUUUGGAACUGGAAUACUGUGCCUAUCACCUCAUGGCAAGUGGCUAGCAUCGACAGCCAAAGACGGAAUACUGAGUAUCCGUGAGGCUAAUAGUUUGGAAACAUUUGCUCAGUUUCAAUGCCAUUCUUAUCAGGGACAAGGAAUUCAAUCACUGACAUUUUCACUCGAUGGCUGUUCCAUAGUAGCGAAUGGUAGGGAAGAUGGUGUCCUUGUUUGUCUGAAAUGGAAAAAAAUAACUGAUUCUCUAGCUCAAGAAGCUGCUCAGCAUUUUCAGGCCUUUCUAGACAUUAUGAAGAGCAGUAUUGCAAAGGAAAAUUCUGCCUUAUUGAAAAUGAGAGAGAGCCAGCUCAGUUUGGAUUUAGUCUCUAGACAAUCAGAUGAAUAUUCAGGCACUACAGAUAGAGCCAAUGAACAAGAAACUUCCUGGCUAGAAAAGAAAAACCUUGAGGCUGAUAGAAAAGAGGUUAAAAAAUUUAGUGAAAAAAAGAGAGAGCUAAAACAAGGAAUCAGAGCACUGGCCAAAACUAUUCAGGAAAUGCUGGAGGAAAAUGAUUUGGCACCUCAGAUUGCACAACUAGAACAAAAAGAAUUUACUCUGGAUGUUGAAGAAAUGAAAAAACUUCAUGCUGAAAAUGAUAAAGAAGUAGCAAAGUUAAGAAAGGAAACAGAAAUGGAAAAUCUAGCUAAGAUGUAUUUAUGGAACGUUUUAAAAGAAGAAUGCUGGGAUUCCAUGAGUGUAAAAGGCCAAGGACUUAGGCUGCGAAAGGACAUUGUAGAGGCUAAUUCUGUAGCUUCUUCCCUGACUCAAAGAUCACAUGAAGAGGAAGAAGAGGAAGAGAAAGAGGAAGAGGAUGAAGAAAAAGUAGUAAAAAGAGAUAGCGGUUUACCCAAUUAUCUACUUGGAAGUUUAUGUACAAGCUUUGAUGCAGAUAUAAGCAUGUUGAAGAGCCAACUGGAACUUCAUACCAGAGAGGAAAAGAUCAACCAGAUUAUAUUAUUGAAGGAUAUUAUUUACAAGAUUAAAACCAUUUUUAAUAAUGAGUUUGUGACCACCUUUCAACAAAAAAAGUUGGCAAUAGCACACGUGAGGGAAAAAAAUAUAAGACUUCGGGAAAUCAUCGAGGAUCUAGAACUUGGGGAAGAUGUCUGGCAACCAGAAAUAGAGGAUUGUGAGAAGCCAGACUUAAUUCUAACAGUAGCAGAUGAUGAGAUUGAAGUUGAAAGAUACCUUACUCUGUGGCAAAGAGAACAAGCAGAGAUGGCUGCAGCCCUUGAAUUACAACGACGCCUGUUAGCUGAGAGAGAUAAUUUUAGACGUCGUGCUUUGAUGGACAUGAUGAAUGGAGUUUUGGAAGUCAAGAAAGAAGAUAUUUUGAGGAUGGUAGUUCCUCAGCCUUCCUUUAUGGUCUCUAAAAUAGAUGCAAUAUGGAAUGAAGAAGAAAGGAGACAAGCCAAAGAAUAUGAGAAAAAAGUCAAAGAGUUAAAUGAGGAAAAAGACAAGUAUAGAAAGUCACUGGAUGCUGAAUUAAGGAAGAUUCAAGGGUCUAUUCAAGAAACAACACAAGCCUUCGAUUAUAAUCUGAAAAAACUCUUUGAGAGGAAGGUGCAAGCAGAAAUGGUUAUCAACCAGGAGGAAUUAAAAAUAACCAACCUUGUUUUCUCUUUACUCUUGGAUGAAGAAUUAAGUACAAGAGAAUUAGGACUGAACAACUUCCUCGAAAGGAAACAAUUGGAGAAAAAAAGUACUGCUAAGGAAGUCUUCAUGGCCCAAGAUGAAGUUGAGACAUACAGAGAGAACUAUGAUAACUUGGUUGCAGAAGACAAAGUUAUAGAGCGUGGAUUUAAAAAAGAAUUUGCUGAACUUAGCAGUCCUCAUGCUGAAUUACUCAACAAACUAUUUAAACGCCGGCCAAGGAUGCCAAGGCAAAGAGGGCAUGUAGAGUGUACUUCUCCUUAUGGCAAUCGCCUCGGGUCUGGCAGAAUUAAGAAGGAUAGCCUUGCCCAAAUCAUGAAAGCCAUGGAUGAUUUGGAUUCUCCUCAUCAUAUGCCAGAGGGCUUAGAUCCUGCGGUCUGGCAAUAUUUCUGUGCUGCAAGACGAACCAAAAUAGAAAAUGAACAGAGGGUAAAGCAGAAAGCUGCUGGUUUGCUGGAAAUUCAGGCCUUCCUCCGGAGGAGAACUGAGGAUGAUGAAAAGGUUCAAAUGGACAUUGAAAAAAUUUUCCAAGAACUCUUUGUAUUACAGAAGGAUAAAAGUUUUUAUCAGGUGGAUUUGACAGUUCAAUUCCUGCUUAAACAAGGACAAGUAGAAACAGAAAAUUUCCAUUUUGUGUUAGACUAUUCUGAAUCUGUUAUCAUUACCAGGAGUGUAAUUGAGGAUCUGAAUAAUUCAAUCCGGGUCCACUGUCAAAGGAAAAUUACCAACAUGGUAGAAAAUAAAAAGUAUCACAAAGGAAUAUUUCAGAUCGAAUGGGAACAUAAAAAAAUGGUGAUGGAAAUGGAAGAUCUAAACCAAAAGGCUUGGGAUAUUCAGAUGCUGUUUUUUUCAAGAGCUCAUCAGAUGUACCUAAGAGAACAAAACUAUGACCUCAUGGUUAGCUUCCAGAUUUCUCAAAUGGAGCAGACUCUUGCUUCUAUGGAUAAAAACCACAAAAGAGAUGUGGAAGCCCAAAAAGAGUUACUCAAGAAACUGAGAAAAAUGAACUAUCAACACGAUUUAGCAAAUUAUACUCUAAGCUGUAUGCUAUACGAAGAGUUGUUGUGUAACUCUGAAAGAAAACACAUCUGCCAAACAAUUGGGCUUAAGCUGACUUGUGAAAAGAUUGCUGAAGAACGUUACGAGGCUACAUUACAACAACAAAAGCUAAUUGAUAUUUCAAAAGAGCAGUAUGCACAAAUUUCAAUUUUACAGGCAGAGGUUGAAAGAUUAAGAAUGAAAACAUUUCCUGCACUUAUUCAUAUGUAG